AUGAAGUUCCUGAAUACACAAAGCAUGAGAAGAAUCCCGUUGUUGAGGCAGGGGAAGGGAUCAAUUCCUAGGAGCACAUCAGUUGCUGCCAUGGCGUCCAUUGUUGACAGGAAGACAAAGGUUUCGUUCGGUAGCCGCAGGAGUAUUAGUAGGUCUUAUGUCCCUACGCGAUGGGUUUACAAGCUGAGGGCGCAGUGGAAGCGAACAAUCGGGUGGCCGCAGAAGAGCAGCAACAGCAGCAGUUCACAGUUCAGCUAUGACAUCCGUAGCUACGCUCUCAACUUUGAUGAUGGUGGUUGCCUUGAUCAGGUCCUUAGAAGCCAUGUUGUUUCUAGAUGA